UACAAGGCAGUAGAACUUAAAUAUUUUAGUAGAUCUUAAUUGAACACGUUUGUUUACAUUUCGUCAAAUUUUUGUGCAAAACUAAAAUAUUGAUAUAAUAGUUAAUAAUGAGUGGUAAACCUUUUGAGGAUUGUGAUGUGUGGGAGGAAUCAAAAUCAAAUGACAAUUUAAAGCAGUCAAGCUUCUCAUUUAAGAAAAAUCUUAAAAACAAAACUAAAACUAAGAAGGCGAAAAAACGCAAUCAUAGUUCAAUGGAAGAAGAUGUUGAAGCUGGAAAAUAUGUGAGAGCUCCAAAUUAUGAACCUUUAGAUUCACUUAUUCAAGAUACACCACCAAAUCAAAAGAAGGAUAAGAAAAAGAGAAAAUAUGAAGCAGUUGAUAAAAGCAACCAAUCUUCCGACGGUGUCACACCUGAAAAGAAGAAAAAGAUCAUAGAAAAACAUUUGGAAAGUCAAAAGACUUCAAAUAACAAAGCAAAUGGAGAAAAUGUGAAAACAUUUCAAAAUAAAUUAAGAGAAAAUUUGAAGGGUUCGCGUUUUCGAUUUCUUAAUGAACAAAUGUACAAGCAAACAGGAAGUGAAUCAAUGAAGACCUUCCAAGAAGACUCAACAGCUUUUGAAGCUUAUCAUGAAGGCUUUCGACAUCAAAUUUCUCAAUGGCCGAUGAAUCCACUUGAUAGAAUCAUUAAAAAUAUUAAAAAAUUACCGAAAAAUCAUGUAAUUGUUGACAUGGGCUGUGGUGAUGCAAGACUGUCACAAUCAGUCCUGCAAAAAGUUUAUUCAAUCGAUCUGGUAUCAAAUAUUGAAGGAGUCAUUGAAAGUGACAUGGCGAAGACUCCACUGGAAAGCAACAGCACUCAUGUCGUCGUUUAUUGUUUAUCAUUAAUGGGAACCAAUUUAAAAGACUUCUUCAUCGAAGCUAAUCGAAUUCUGAAACUAAAUGGCAUCAUAAAAAUAGCAGAAGUUUCAUCGCGUUUUGAUAACAUCGACACAUUCAUUCAAUUCGUUCAAAAGUGCGGCUUCGAACUUGUGAGCAAAGAUCUCACUCAUAAUCUUUUUUAUUUCCUCAAUUUCAAAAAAACACAUGAUGUUAACAAUUUCAACAAGAAAAUUCCUGAUUAUCAAUUGAAGCCAUGUUUGUACAAGAAAAGAUAAAAGUUGAUAAUAAAAAAUUGAAGGAAACUCUUAAUAACUUCUUCCAAAUAAAGUGUAGAAUUUCGGUUUGUUGUUGCAUGCUGGAUAAAUGCAUUUAUCAGAUGCUUGGAUGUCAGCUGGUUGUUCGAAUGGUAUGCACAAGGAUUUCGCUCCCAUUGCAGGUCCUUGAACGUCACCUUCAGUGUCAUCACGAGCACUGUCAGCUUUAAUCUUCUCUUCACAUGGAAUAUCGCCACAAAAUGGAGCCAUGAUAAUGUUCUUUGCAUCCAAGAAUGUUGUCAAUUCCUUCCAUUGCUUCGUAACUUUCAAAUGACCAUUCAAAUCUUUUGUUGCCUUUUCCAACAUAUUUUCAUGAAUCUUCUCCAAUAAUUUAGGAAUUUCAGUGACAGCAGUCGAUCGAUCGAUUGUCAACUUCUCAGCAGUGUCACGACGAACAGCAACAAAUUGCUUCGAUUUCAUAUCUUUCGGUCCCAACUCGAUUCUUAUUGGAACUCCUUUCAACUCCCAAUGAUUGUAUUUCCAUCCUGGCGAAUAAUUAUCGCGAUAAUCGCCUUCAACUCUUAUCCCACCUUUCCUUAAGUCAUUCUCCAAUUCCUUACAACAAUCAAUCAGAAUUUUUCUAUCGCUUUCCGAUGUUGUUGCGGUUAUUCCACAAGGAACAAUGACGACUUGAUAACAUGCAACACGUGGUGGUAAAACUAAGCCUUGAUUGUCAGCAUGAAUCAUGACCAUCACUCCAAUCGUUCUUGUGGUGAGUCCCCAUGAAUUCUGGAAGGCGUAUUGCUUUUGUUGUGUUUCAGGAUCUUCGAAAACAAUUUCAAACAUCUUUGCAAAGUUCUGUCCAAGGAAGUGACUUGUUGCGCCUUGAAUUCCUCGACCACUCGCUGAUACAAAAGCUUCCACUGUCGUCGUAAAAUCUCCACCAGCAAACUUCUCUUUUUCAGUCUUCCGACCUUUAAUUACUGGAAUUGCCAACAAGUCAGUGUAGAUUUGCUUGUAAAGUUCCAAAAUUUCAAGAACUUCGUCUUGUGCUUCUUUCGCUGUUGCGAAUGCUGUGUGACCUUCUUGCCAUAGAAAUUCGCGAGUUCUUAAGAAUGGUUGUGGAUGUUUGAAUUCCCAACGCACAACAUUAUUCCAUUGAUUUAAACGAAUUGGCAAGUCGCGAUAUGAUUGAACCCAUUUAGCGUAUGCUGGAUACAUGACUGUCUCAGAUGUUGGACGUACAGCGAUUGGUUCAGCAAGAUCAGACUCACCUGACUUUGUCACCCAAGCAACUUCAGGUGCAAAGUCAGCGAUGUGAUCUUUUUCCUUCUCCAAAGCAGCUUUCGAUACAAACAUUGGGAAGUAACAUUCCUUAACACCCAUUGCAGUGAUUUUCGCAUCAAACCAACUUUUGAUUUCCUUCCAAAUGGCAAACGACCAUGGACGAAGGAUGUAACAUCCAGACACGUCGUAAUAUUCAAUCAUCUCACCUUUGGUGAUGACUUGCGAGUACCAAUCGGGAAGAUUUUCUUCUUUCUUUGCUUCCAAACCCAGACGAGUUUGUUUCUUCAAAGCUCCUGAAGCUUCUUCAGCUGACACAUUUUUACUCUUUUCUUUCGUUGGUGCUGAUGCUUUAACUUUCGUUUCUUUUGGUGCUGCUGGUUGACGACCUGCAACUGGGAAAUCUUCUCCAACUUCUUGCUUAUAUUCAGCUUUUAAUGACAAUAAAGUUGCGACAGCUGCAUCAACGUCAGCUUUUGGUGAUGCUUUAUUGGACUUUA